GUGAUUUGGCUGAAUCUGCUCCCCCUUUCACCCACCCUCCCUUUUAGCCCAUGCUUGGCCCCCACGGUGCCUAGCCCAGCUUCGUGUUUGUCGGCGCCCCACCUGGAAGCGCGACCGUUCGGGCCCCUCGACGGCAACGAUUACCACCCUCUGGAGCUCCCAAGCUCCGUGCCCUAAGCUGACUAGCUGACUUUUUAAAUACUUUUAUUUUUUCUGAAAUCUCUCGAAACGGACUGAAAUUACAACGAGGGCACGCAACAGGUGUUGAGCUCGCGCUCGCACUCUCACGCUUCCUUGUGGGGGGCUCACACACUCCUUGCUCUGGACUUUCCUGGACUCCUGGAUUGACGUGGGACUGUAAAGGGAUAUUUUUUUUUCUUUUUUUUCUUUCUUUUUUGCGCAACUGUAUUCUUUAACGACAAAAGGGAUUAUAUCAUAGACGUGAGGUCCCAACGUACACCAUGGCGGAGUCUGAAGCUCGGUACUCCUCCACCACCACCACCACCGUCAUCGAGAGCAAAAAUGGCGAUGCCAUGGGCUCAUCCCUCCGGGUGUCCAAGCGCUCCAUGACCGAUGACUUCUACAGCACCUUCAGCUCGCCCAUGGCCUGGGUCCUGGUACUGGCCUUGAUCAUCACCUGGUCUGGCGUAGCCAUCAUCAUGUUUGACCUCCUCGACACCCAAAGCCUGAAAGCCCAUACUUUACACUGUGACGACCCCUGUUUGCCACCGGGACCGCGCGCCCCCGCUGUCAGAAAGGCACAUAAGGCAGCCAGCAGAGGGGGCAUUCCGGAUAUCACAGCCGCCGACCCGGUAAAAGUAAUGAACGAGGCAAUGGAAGAGUCCAGCGACUGGAUGAACACGUUUCUGGGUGUCGUGUCGAGUCUCUUCGCACCAGAGGAUGAGGAUGAAGCUUUGAUCACUGAAGACCUUUGAGAUGGGAUGGAAACGAAGCUCUGUGUCUGCACGUGUGAUGUCUGACACUUUUGACAAGUGUUUGUGACGACUGUAUGACGAAUCAAUGCCAAUAAAAGUCAAGCCAGAAAAAAAAUCAAUGCA